AUGACCAAAGGUCGCAUGAGGAACAGCGUCACUGGGAGUGUGAGCCUGAAUUUGGACCCAGAGAUGGAGGAGCCUGUCAACUUCACCAGCGUCACCAGGUCUGCCAUGGCCAAGCGCCUGGCGCGUGCCAGCGCCCAAGCACGGCAAGAGCCGCAGCUGCGGCGCCUGCGCUUCGAGGUGUCGAGCCUCGUGGUCGACCCCAAGCGCCCGCGCGUGGCCGCAGGCAUCGGCGAUGGCCAGCUGGCGGUCUAUUACCUUUUUCGCUCCCAUGGCUCCAAGCGGAAGCAGUUGCAUCAGAUCCAAGGCUUCGAUGCCUCGCGUGGCCUGGGCGACGUUUGCACCGCACUGUGCCUGCCGGCUCAGCGGCUCUCAGAUGAAGGGAGCAUGGCCGUGGAGACGGUGCUUGCUGGGUUCGAAAGUGGUCGUGUCGCGGUCUUCCGCAGCUUCUUCCCAGAGGAAUUUUCAAUGGAGAAAGCUGAUGAUAAGAAGAAGAAGAAAAAGAAGACGCUGGAGCAGGUCAUGGAAGAGAGGCAGAGGAUCAAAAGCUUGGCGAACGGCGAGCCUGUCGUGCAGGCCGAAGAGCCACUUCUCCUGGAGCACUUCCACUGCAAGACGCCGAUUGUUGCCUUGUAUUGGCACCAGAUUAUGGGCAUUUUCAGCGUCUCCAGCACCGGUCACGUGGUGGUGGCUGACAGCUGUGGGGUCCAAACCUUUGCGAUCAAUGAGGCCUGUGGGCGAAACUUCACCGUCACCUCAGCAGACCUGUCCCUGGAAUUGGAACAGCUGGCAGUUGCAGGGCAGCGCGGUGUGCACUUGUGGCAGAUCUUGUCGCAGGCGAAGUAUGGCGUGAUCGGAGUGCAGGACAACACCCAGCAGAACCCUGAGCAGAACUUCAAUGUGAUGUUAGUGCGUUAUAUGCCUUCAGGGAAGUUUCUCCUGACCCUGCACAAGGAGGGAGUGGUGAAGAUUUGGGAUUCGCGAAACCUGGAGCUGCACACCUCCUGCUUUGCCGCGCGGCGCGUGAGCUGUGCCUUUUGGGAGCCUCGCUGGGAGACCCUUUUCGUGUUCAACCCUGAUGGGGUGACUGAGAUCGAAAUACACGAGGAUAAGCUGGAAACCCAGGACCUGAGCAAGACCAUGCGAAUGCCCACGUUGCUCUUUUCAGAUUGA